AUGACCCCAAAUUGUGGUCUAGUGGACAUCGGGGAUAGUAUGACGACCGAAUGGAUGACCCAGAUGGAUAUUCAGGAGGAUAUCAUGACAAAAAUGAACACGCAAAUGCAGAUUUACAAUGAGGAAAUGGCUGUAUUCUUAGCGACAGAAGCAAAACAUAAAAAGGAACCAGAAAUGAAAGGAAUAAGAAAGAAAUCCAAGCCAAAAGCUCCGAAAAUGCCGCAAGAAUUACCCGUUGGCAUGUUUCCAGACCCCUACAAGAUAUUUCUCGAGCACGAAAAACGAGAUUGUCACGACUUCUUCAAUAGAAAUUUUCACCCAGACAAUAUAAACUUGCUGCCGUUCGAGGUGAACUUGCGACGUUUUAUCAUAAUAGGCGGCGUUAUCUCGAUCGUUUUUGUGCGAAAGGCCAAGCAUACCGCCUUUGAAAAGUUCAACAUAACAUUGCACGAAGAUGGACGUGUUUUGCAUAAGCAAGUGGAUGUAUUGGAUGAAAUAAGUGGGGAUCCUGUAAGGCGGUCCACUAGAGUUAGUUUGGAAAUAAGACGAGAUUCCAAACUUGAAGAAGCUCCUGAUUUUAAGUUACACUUGGACCCAGAUGAGCUGCCGUUCUAUUUUCUCACUUUCAAGGUGCCCAACCAUUUGUGCCUAUGGGGUGAACCCAUGGUUUGUCAAUUUGUUGAGGACGAAAUCGAAAGACUGCAGGUAGUUGAAGCGGAAAAAGUGACGGAAAAUAUGGAUAAAAAGAAAAAACUGACGCGUAAGCCUUCUCGAAAGCCCACAAAUACUCCCACAAAGGGUAUAAUUGUGAAAGAAGAAAUUCCAGAAGAGACUACCAAGCCAAAAUACGACAAGCCCUCGCGGGAUAAUUCGAUUAACAUUUAUAGACCCUCGGCAUUGGCGAUGGUGCGACAGGGAAGUUGGGAACAGGACCGCGCAUUUCAGGGUCCAUUGGAAAACUUUCAGCUGCGUGGGGAGCCGCUGUCAAGGAGGAAGAUUCACCUGCUUCAGGAGCACUGUCUACCCCGAAUCAUAUCCUCGUUUAAAUUCCCGCAGGAGUUCAGGGAUGGCGAUCUCGAAGAAUUGGCCAUCAAAAAGGCUCAUACCACGCAGCUUUAUAGGCGGCGAGAAGCGGACUCUGUGGUAUCUACGCACAUUGGGGACUACUUCUUCAACUACGAGGAUCAGUCGAAUCCCGAGCGAACAUAUCCAAGGUUUCCUGCGACGAAGGACCUCCAACUGGAGCCUGGCCGAGAAUAUAGAUCGAACGAGGAUACUUCGAUGUAUGGCCUUCUACUCACGCUGGACGAGAUCAAGGACAAAUACACGGACGCUCCGAAAAAGAUAACCGAUCAGAACACUCAAGCUGUCCGAAUGAGUACUCGCCGCACUCAUCAGGAUCCACUUGGCACGAGUCGAUCUCGCCGACAGAGUUCUUUCGUGAGACGGUCUACUAGACAAUUAGGAUUGGACGUUAGCACCGUGACCAUGGCAGAAUUCCGAACGGGUGAAUAUGACUAUGAUGUCAGUGAAUCCAGUGAGCCCAACGAACCCUUGCGAAAGAUCAGAAAAGAAAGUCGUCUGCCAUCGGAAAGUGUUUCUCGGAGUUACGAGACCAUAAAGGUCGUGAACUGGACCACUAAGAAUAUCCUGGAAUCGAAGUUCGACAAGGAGAGUAAGGUCAUUACGAUUAAGACAGAUCGCUUGGGCAACUUUGGAUUCGCCUACCCGCGAUACACGCAUUUUCCCUUUAGUCACUGGGAGCUAGAAAAGAACGAGGAAAAUCCCGAUGAGAUCAUCUUCACCUUGGACACCUAUCAUGUACGUGUGAUUUUCUUUAUCAGCAGGGAUGGCAUUCGGUGUCAUGCGAUUGAUAUACCCAAGGAGUACAUUGCCAGACCCCAUAAAUAUAUAGAAAUCGAGACACCCGUCUCGGAUUUCGUCGAGCUUCGCAAGCGCCUUCAGGAUAUGAACCUGAAUGUGUUUGCGGAGCUGGACGCUUGUUUCUACAUCGAUCAGGGAUAUUUCUCGCAGAAGCACCUGGCCGCGGAGUUGCACAUUUACGAUGCCAUCGCUGUGCAUGUCAAGCUGAUGAAGUUCUGCCGCAGCCAGUGGAAUCGCCUGGCCACGGAUCGGGAUAUGGUGCUCUGCCUGCGGAAUACCAAGGAUGUGCAAGACGGUUCAGAGGUCACGGUACGGGUAACACCCGAAGUCUCAACCUUCGUAGAGGUUUCGGAGCUCUGCACGGAGGACCUGAAUUCGAUUAAACUGAACUUCAAGAAUACGUGGCGUAAUAUUGGGACCUACUCGGAUCUGCAUCAGCUGAUCAACUCAAUGUAUUCAUAUGCCACGGAUGUCCGGAAUCGCGAUGCCAACCGCCAGCUUCUUCAGGAGAUUCGACCCCUGAGCUUCUCCUAG